GUUCCCCCGAGUUCUCUUGGCCUCUCGGCUGAUGGCGGCCAGCGCCCAUGGGGAGCAGUGUGGGGUCCUGCAGCGAGGAGAAAUGCAGGCUCGUCGACUGCAAGCCCGAGAAAGAGAUCCAAGUUUUGGAGCCCGCUGGCGCUGUCUUUGCUGCAACGCUCACGGGCCUGAACGAGGUGGACAAAGACUUUCUCCUCUUUUCCGGUCGCGGGCACUUGGCGGCGGUGCGGUGGCUGCUCACCUUUGGCGCAGACCCAUGCGCCAGAGACAGUAAUUGCACCACCGGGCUGCACGCUGCAUGCCGCAUUGGCAGCCUGAGCCUGGUGCGGGUCUUCUUAGAAAAUCCCAGUUGGCGGCUCCUGGAUGCGGCGGAUGCGGCUGGCUGGACGCCGCUGCAUGUGGCAGCCUUCAUGGGCCGCCAAAGUGUGGCACAGGUGCUGGUGGAAGCUGGCGCGUUUGGUGCAGUGCAUAGCAAGACGGGCCAAAGUCCGGCUGAGCUGUGUACGGACCUUGGGACGCGCAAGCUUCUGCUGAGAUAUACAGAGGACGCCCGGCCCCUGGCGGUGCCCAAGCUGCAGCUGCAGCGCCUCUCGGUGGCGCUGCCGGCCACGGAGUUCCCGGGGCCCCUGGCUGGACCGCCCGAGGCAGUGGAGUCGUUUGAGACCCCGAGGUCAAUACCUCGAGGUAAUUCCGAGAUUCGCUACGAGCCAUUCUUCAUCCCGCGAGCCGCGGUGUUUGACGACCUGGAGCGGAGUGAGACCCUACUAUUGCUCUGCGAAAGACUCUCGUGGAGGCUGUUUGACCAGCACGCGGGGCGUGGACUUGCAUUCAUUGUGGCAUCGGGGGUCACCCGCGAUUACCCCAUGGACCUCAUCGCGUUUUUGCGGACGCGGCAGUUCUCGCCGCAGCAGCUGGGCUGGUUCCUGAGUGAGGACUUUUCCUUGGCCAAGAUCCUCCGGAUGGAGUUCCUCAAUUCGGUGCGUCUCGUGGACACGGGGGUGAUCUCAGCACUUUGCAUCGCCUUGAUGGGUCUGCAGAUCCCGAUGGAUCUCCAGCGCCUGGACAGACUCAUGUGGAGCCUCGCGGAGGUUUGGUGGAGGCAGCACGUGCGCGCCCAGCGCGCCGGCCUGCUUCAAAGCUACGCUUGCGCGGGCGAGUACGGCGGGGCUGCGCUGUGGUCGGAGGUGGCCAGCAUGGACGACCUGCACGAGCUCUUCUUCUCUACGGUGCUGCUGCACUGGAACCUGCACGCCCCGGUGCCGCGGUCCCAGCACUUGACCCUCUCUGCCUGGGUGGAUAUGCACCGCGUCGGUGGGCGGCAGAUCGUAUCGGAGGACGUGCUGGCGCCAAUCUACCAGGCCAUGGCCAAGAAGAUGCUGCAGCCACUGCAGCUGAUCGGCGCUCCCGGCGGUUUGCAGAGCAUGUCCAGCUCUCUCUGCGCAGACUUGGCCAGUCUGGAAGGCUGGGCCUCAGCCCUGGGGGACGGCCUGGACCCAGAGGACGUCCAGAUGUUCGCCAGUUUGGAGGAGACCAUCGGCAUACUGUGCGAAGGCACCUUCUCGGCCCGGAAUCACUUGACUCCGCCGAUCGGCAGGGCACUGCAGGUCAUUGCGCCCAUAGUGGGCCCCAUGCCGGAAAAGGAGAACGCAGUGUGGCUGUCGCUGUGCGGCCCUUUGCUGCUGCUCGCUUCCGGGCCUUCCCAGUGCCCUUUCGCCUUCCUGCAGAUGCGGAAGGUGCAGCUGGCUGAUGUGGAUCCUGGCAGGGCACUGUUCUCCUUGCAGUCUGCCGAGUUGGAAGCGAGGCUCAAUGUCAUUCUGCUGCUGCCAGAUGGCCGGUGGCACGUGUCCUCCAUGGAGAAGCUAGUGCUGCAGCUGCGCGAGCCGAGCGAGCUGAAGAAUUGGGUUCUCAGCUUUCCUCAACCGGGAGGACCCUCUUCAAAGGGUCGGCUGCUGCCGAUCUGAAAUCGUAGAACUUGGCCGCGAUCAUUUGAGCCUCUGCGCGGAAGGCACAUGCCGGCGGCACUUAUAUGCGCUUGGCUUCCAGGGAG